AUCCUCACCCAUCAACCUAAUUGUUUAAUUUAAACAUUCUCUCUCUCUCUCUCUCUCUCUCUCUCUCUCUCUCAACAUGCCUGCGCAACUGAUGUAUGAGGAAACCCUCCAGCAUGUGAUGAGCAGCAAGGAGAACACCCCUCUUUUCCCGAAAAGAUUGGAGGGAAAAGUGGCAAUCGUAACCGGCGGUGCUAAAGGAAUAGGGGAGGCCACAGUAAGAAUCUUUGUAAAAAACGGAGCAAAAGUGAUAAUCGCCGAUAUCGACGAUCCAAACGGCACCGUUCUAGCCAACGCAUUAUCCCCCUCGGCAACCUAUCUCCACUGCGACGUGACCUCGGAAGGGGACAUCAAAAACCUGAUCAACGCAACAAUCUCCCUCCACGGCCGCCUCGACAUCCUCUUCAACAACGCCGGAAUCCUCGGAAACCAGACGAAGAGCAAGAAGAGCAUCGCCAGCUUCGAUCCGAACGAGUUCGACAAGAUCGUGGCGGUGAACGUCAAGGGGGCCGCACUGGGGAUGAAGCACGCGGCGCGCGUGAUGGUGCCGAGAAGGAGCGGGUGCAUCAUCAGCACAGCUAGCGUGGCGGGAGUCAUGGGAGGGCUGGGGCCGCACGCUUAUUCGGCGUCCAAACACGCCCUUGUUGGGUUAACCAAGAAUGUGGCUUGCGAGUUGGGGAAGUUUGGGAUUAGGGUUAACUGUAUUUCUCCAUUUGGGGUGGCUACUUCCAUGCUUGUGAAUGCAUGGAGGGGGUGUCACGAGGAGGAGGAGGGAGGCGAGGGGACGGCGGUGGAGGGUGGAUCAGGGGUGCCUGGGGUGGAAGAAAUGGAAAAGAUGGAGGAAAUAGUGAGAGGGAUGGCUAAUCUUAAAGGUGUGACACUGAGGGGUAGAGAUAUAGCUGAGGCUGCACUUUAUCUUGCUAGUGAUGAGUCCAAGUAUGUGAGUGGUCAUAACCUUGUGGUUGAUGGUGGGUUUACCACCUCAAAGGACUGUGUAGGUUUGUAGUAGAGUUUCAUUUUUAUCUAACCGGCCAUUUAAUUUUAAAGUUUGGGAAUGUCGAAAAUAAUUAAUAUGGAAAUAUAUUUUUCCUAUCGAACUCAUUUCACUCACUUUUUUCUGUAUCCCUCGAAUCUUAUUGGUCUGCAGAAGUAUUUUAUUGCUUGGAUAUGUGGCCUAAUGGGCCAAUAAAAUCCAGGAAGACAAGCUAUAAAAGACCCACGUAAGUGAUGAUAUA